AUGGCUCCCAACAGACUGAUCGAAGACUUGUCUGCUCGCCACAAUCUACCUGCCAUGGCCAGUGACGCGGAACCUCCUGACACGCUGGACAUUACGAUGGGCAAGUUGGAUGAGGAGGAUAGUAUCGUUGAGCCCCGUCGUCCACUCAUUUCGGAUCUCCUUGACUCUCCUGGAUCUGCCCAGAUCUCCUUGCCUCUUCACUCUGCUUCUCAGACACCCUUCGUGCCCCGCCACACUACCCCAUCCGUGGCGGCUCCAUUUGCGCCAUCCAACUCGCCAUAUGAGCAUCUCCACCGCCACGCCUCACCAAAGGUACAGGUGUCAUCUGGAUCUGUGGCGCCUGUGGAGGGAAGUUGCGGCACUUCGCCAAUCCAUAGGCGUGCACUCAUCUCAGAUUCCACCCCCACUGCACCCGGUGGAAUGUUCAACUUCGACACUCCUGGCAUCUCGCCAAUCCCUCGACGUGCCCUGGUACCUCCUAUCCCUGGCUCUUAG